UAUAGAAAUCAUCAAGAUUAUUUCUCCAUAUUCACAUAGCGAUAUUGGGCUUCUGCUGCUUUAGUUGACCGAGUCCGUUAAAACCGUCUUAUAUAAAUCUCCAAUAAAUGAUAAAAGUUGGAGAAACAGCAGCGAUAGCAUUAGUUCCCCAAGAUCGGGCCCAAGUCUCCGUCAGAUAUCGCCCGGCUCCUUUUGUUCCGGCUUCCGAGCAUUCAAAUUCCCCAACAUACCAGUGAUUGAAUCCGUUGAUCACGAUUUCAUAUUUACACGAUGUUUCGCAGUAUCCUCGCCCCGAAGGCGACCAUGAGGUCUGCUUUCCAGCAAUCAUCCCUCCCAACAGUUAUUCGCCCAUCGUCCAUUGCGGGAUUAUCAAGGAGGACGUACGCGACACAAAAUGAGGAGCAGGAUGUGGUCAUUAUCGGUGGCGGAGUCGCCGGGUACGUCGCGGCCAUCAAGGCAGGCCAAGAGGGCCUGAAGGUGACAUGUAUCGAGAAGCGUGGCGUACUGGGCGGAACCUGCCUCAACGUCGGCUGUAUCCCUUCGAAAGCUCUCCUCAACAACUCGCAUUUAUACCACCAGAUCCUUCACGACUCGAAACACAGAGGCAUUGAGGUCGGCGAUGUCAAACUCAACCUUGGCCAGCUGAUGAAGUCAAAAGAGACCGCUGUCUCUGGCCUCACCAAGGGUGUUGAGUUCCUUUUCAAGAAGAACGGCGUCAACUACGUCAAAGGCACCGCGACGCUCACUGGCGAGCAUGAGGUCAAGGUCAACCUCAACGAGGGCGGAGAGGUAACCUACACCGGAAAGAACAUCCUCCUCGCUACCGGAAGUGAGGCGACUCCUUUCCCAGGGCUCGAGGUCGACGAGAAGAGAAUCAUCACCAGCACUGGCGCCAUUGCGCUUGAGAAGGUCCCAGAGAGCAUGAUUGUUAUUGGUGGUGGUAUUAUUGGCUUGGAGAUGGGAUCAGUGUGGUCGAGACUGGGCGCAAAGGUUACAGUGGUGGAAUUCCUUGGACAGAUCGGUGGACCAGGAAUGGACGCUGAGAUCGCCAAGCAAGCGCAGAAGGUGCUGAAGAAGCAGGGUAUUGACUUCAAGCUCAACACCAAGGUCACUGGUGGUGACCCCUCUGGUGAGAACAUCAAGAUCAACGUUGAGGCUGCUAAAGGAGGAAAGGCAGAGGAGCUUUCUGCCGAAGUCGUCCUCGUUGCCAUCGGCCGCAGGCCGUACACCGAGGGUCUUGGCCUCGAGAACAUCGGUGUCGAGGUUGAUGACAAGGGACGCAUUGUCAUCGAUUCUGAGUUCCGCACGAAAUUCCCGCAUAUUCGCGCGAUCGGUGAUGCCACAUUCGGCCCCAUGCUUGCCCACAAGGCCGAGGAGGAGGCUGUGGCAGCCGUCGAGUGGAUCAAGAAGGGUUACGGACACGUGAACUACGGCGCCAUCCCGUCCGUCAUGUACACGCACCCCGAGGUUGCGUGGGUUGGCCAGAACGAGCAGGAGCUCAAGGCUGCCGGCAUCAACUACAAGAUCGGCACGUUCCCGUUCUCCGCCAACUCGAGAGCGAAGACCAAUAUGGACACCGAGGGCAUGGUUAAGAUGCUCGCUGAUGCAGAGACCGAUCGCAUCCUUGGCAUUCACAUCAUCGGUGCCAAUGCAGGUGAGAUGAUUGCUGAGGGCACAUUGGCGCUCGAGUACGGUGCGUCGAGUGAGGAUAUCUCCCGCACAUGUCACGCGCAUCCCACGCUCGCUGAGGCGUUCAAGGAGGCGGCCAUGGCAACUCAUGGCAAGGCUAUCCACUUCUAAGAAGCCGGAUCCAUGAGUGCCGUGUUGCAUAUUCGAGGUGGGCUGGGCAAGAGGAAUGAUUGGUAGAGAGUAGAUGCACGGGGGGUGCACCAGUGAUCACUGUGUAAUAUAGUCCGGACUUUGGGUAGGGGUUGCAUGUUAUGGUGGCCCACGAGAACAAAAACCCAAAUACCUAGAUAAUUAAAUUCGAUUUGGUUCUAG